AUGCCUACAGCACCCAUCAACACCUGCAUUCUCGGUGUCGGUUUAGCAGGAUUAACCUUCCACGCCCCAUUUAUUCUCGCUUUACCCGACUUAUUAACCCUUCAUUCCGUUCUUGAGCGUAAUCCCAAGACUCCAGGAGGAAAACUUCAUGAGAGAUUCGGGGUGCAGACCAAGAUUCAUCGAACCAUCGAGGAUGUACUCGCUGAUCCCGAAAUCGAGCUGGUCAUUGUCGGUACACCGAACGAAACCCAUUAUAGGUUUGCAAAGGCCGCUUUAGAAGCAGGGAAACACGUCCUCGUUGACAAACCAAUAACAUCCUCAGUCGAUGAGGCAAAGGAACUUGGUGCACUCGCUCAAUCCAAAAACCUCGUUCUCUACGGAUUUCAAAACCGUCGUUGGGACUCGGAUUUCCUUGCUCUUCGUCGUCUGAUUGAUCUCGAAAAGUCGGACCCUCAAUCAAUCGGAACCGUUUACGAGUUCGAGUCACACUUCGAUCGGUAUCGCAUGUCCUUGAAAGGCACUUGGAAGGACGAGCCUUUACCUGCUUCAGGUCAAUUGUUCGAUUUGGGUGCUCAUCUAAUCGAUCAAACGCUCACCCUGUUCGGACGGCCAAGCAAGAUUACUGCAUUCACACAAAAUAUUCGACGGUUGGGUAGCCCAGAUGUAGAGGAUACUUUCACCAUUUACCUGCAAUAUCCCGCCGGAUCAGCUCUCCGAUACCCCUUGACAGCCAUCCUUCGCGGUCAUAUCAUCUCCGUGAAAUCCCCACAGCUUCGGUAUAUCGUCAAAGGCACUAAGGGGACUUAUACCAAGUAUGGAGUCGAUAUCCAGGAGGAUCAACUAAAAGCCAUAUCUACACCGAGCGACAUAUUUUCCAACAUUUAUGGGUUAGAACCUGAAUCUAUGUGGGGCGAACUCGAGAACCUCGAGGCUGAUGAGGUUAACAUCAAAAAAUCGAAAUGGCCCUCAGCCGAGGCUGGGUGCUAUAUCGAGCUCUUCAGAAACCUCGCAGAUGCCAUCCGAAACAGGACAGAGUUGGCAGUCAAAUGGUCCGAAGCCACUGCUGUCAUCGAGAUGAUUGAAUUGGCGCAUAAGAGCGCAAAAGAAGGAGUGACAGUACAGGUCCCUCAGUAA